UCGGUUUGGUCAGCUUGCAGAUAACCAAAGCCUAUUCCAAGGAGAGAGCCUGGAGCCAGAGGGAAUGGCUUCUGGCACCCAGAGACCCUCAUCCCAGGAGUUGGUGACAUUCCAGGAUGUGGUUGUGGAUUUCACCAGGGAGGAGUGGUGCCUCUUGGACCAUUGUCAGAAAGAGCUCUACAAGGAGGUCAUGCUGGAGAAUGUCCAGAACCUGCUUUCUGUAGUGCAGAUGUUGGGAAAGGAAGAGAAUGGAAUAAGCAUUCAUAAUGGAAUGAGCAGUCUUACUGCACAUCAGAGAAUACACUCUGCAGAGAAACCUUAUGGAUGUAAUCAAUGUGGAAAGACUUUCACAUGGAGUUCCAGUCUUGUUGCACAUCAGAGAAUCCACACUGGAGAGAAACCUUAUGAAUGUAAUCAGUGUGGAAAGACUUUCACACAGCAUUCCAGUCUUGCUGCACAUCAGAGAAUCCACACUGGAGAGAAACCUUAUGAAUGUAAACAGUGUGGAAAGACUUUCACAAAGAGUUGUAAUCUUGCUGCACAUCAGAGAAUCCACACUGGAGAGAAACCUUAUGAAUGUAAACAGUGUGGAAAGACUUUCACAAAGAGUUCUAAUCUUGCUGCACAUCAGAGAAUACACUCUGGAGAGAAACCUUUUGAAUGUAAUCAGUGUGGAAAGACUUUCACAGAGAGUUCCAGUCUUGCUAAGCAUAGGAGAAUCCACACUGGAGAGAAACCUUAUGGAUGUAAUCAAUGUGGACAGACUUUUGCAUGGAGUUCCAGUCUUGCUGCACAUCAGAGAAUACACUCUGGAGAGAAACCUUAUGAAUGUAAACAGUGUGGAAAGACUUUCACAGUGAAUUCCGGGCUUGUUGCACAUCAGAGAAUCCACACUGGAGAGAAACCUUUUGAAUGUAAUCGGUGUGGAAAGACUUUCACAAAGAGUUCUAAUCUUGCUGCACAUCAGAGAAUACACUCUGGAGAGAAACCUUAUGAAUGUAAACAGUGUGGAAAGACUUUCACAGUGAAUUCCGGGCUUGUUGCACAUCAGAGAAUCCACACUGGAGAGAAACCUAUUGAAUGUAAUCAGUGUGGAAAGACUUUCACAGAGAGUUCUAAUCUUGCUGCACAUCAGAGAAUACACUCUGGAGAGAAACCUUAUGAAUGUAAACAGUGUGGAAAGACUUUCACAGUGAAUUCCGGGCUUGUUGCACAUCAGAGAAUCCACACUGGAGAGAAACCUUUUGAAUGUAAUCAGUGUGGAAAGACUUUCACAGAGAGUUCCAGUCUUGCUAAGCAUAGGAGAAUCCACACUGGAGAGAAACCUUAUGGAUGUAAUCAAUGUGGAAAGACUUUUGCACAGAGUUCCAGUCUUGCUGCACAUCAGAGAAUCCACACUGGAGAGAAACCUUAUGAAUGUAAACAGUGUGGAAAGACUUUCACAAAGAGUUGUAAUCUUGCUGCACAUCAGAGAAUCCACACUGGAGAGAAACCUUAUGAAUGUAAACAGUGUGGAAAGACUUUCACAAAGAGUUCUAAUCUUGCUGCACAUCAGAGAAUACACUCUGGAGAGAAACCUUUUGAAUGUAAUCAGUGUGGAAAGACUUUCACAGAGAGUUCCAGUCUUGCUAAGCAUAGGAGAAUCCACACUGGAGAGAAACCUUUUGAAUGUAAUCGGUGUGGAAAGACUUUCACAAAGAGUUCUAAUCUUGCUGCACAUCAGAGAAUACACUCUGGAGAGAAACCUUAUGAAUGUAAACAGUGUGGAAAGACUUUCACAGUGAAUUCCGGGCUUGUUGCACAUCAGAGAAUCCACACUGGAGAGAAACCUAUUGAAUGUAAUCAGUGUGGAAAGACUUUCACAGAGAGUUCUAAUCUUGCUGCACAUCAGAGAAUACACUCUGGAGAGAAACCUUAUGAAUGUAAACAGUGUGGAAAGACUUUCACAGUGAAUUCCGGGCUUGUUGCACAUCAGAGAAUCCACACUGGAGAGAAACCUUUUGAAUGUAAUCAGUGUGGAAAGACUUUCACAGAGAGUUCCAGUCUUGCUAAGCAUAGGAGAAUCCACACUGGAGAGAAACCUUAUGGAUGUAAUCAAUGUGGAAAGACUUUUGCACAGAGUUCCAGUCUUGCUGCACAUCAGAGAAUCCACAGUGGAGAGAAACCUUAUGGAUGUAAUCAAUGUGGAAAGACUUUUGCACAGAGUUCCAGUCUUGCUGCACAUCAGAGAAUACACUCUGGAGAUAAACCUUUUGAAAGUAAUCAGUGUGGAAAGACUUUCAAUGAGUUUCAUUCUUGCUAAGCAUAGGAGAAUCCUCAUUGGAGAGAAACCUUAUGAAUGUAAUCAGUGUUUAAAGAAGUUCGGA